GCCAAGAGGAGAGCUGGGUAUGUAAUGACUGGGUAGGUACUGACUGGGUAGGCAGCUACUGGGUCGAGUCUGUUGCUGGUCUGUCUAGAGGAGCUAUGGGAGAGGAGACUGGAGUGCUAUAGACGACCGAGUGCCAGAGGGAGACGACCACAGUGCCAGGGACAGUGCCAGGGACACUCCAGCUGCUGCUCUACCAGACUCAACAUGCUGCCAUGCCCAUCACAAAGCUCCCAGACACAGACAUCAAGCUCCUCUCCGCCGCUCAAGUCUGCACAGAUCCAGCUGCAGCACUCAAAGAACUCCUCGAGAACAGCCUCGAUGCACACGCUACGUCCAUCUCCAUCCUCAUCGAUGGACAUGGACUCGAUCUCCUCACAGUCAGGGACAAUGGACACGGCAUCCCAUCUGCUGACAGGAACAAGCUUGCUUGCAGGCACUAUACCUCCAAACUGACAAGUCUUGAGGAUCUCUCGCACGUAGCCACCUACGGCUUUCGUGGAGAAGCACUUGCUAGUCUAGCUGAUAUUGCUGCUACCUUUGUCGUAACCACUCGGACUGCCCAAGAUGCAGUUGCAACGAGCUACGAGCGCAACUCGCGUGGUACCUGCAAGCCAACAAAGACAUCAGGUGAGCCUGUAGGCACAACCGUCACGGCUACAAAGCUCUUCAAGAAUGUGCCCGUUCGACGGGAAAAGCUCAAGCGAGAUGGCAAUAAGAGUGUCGCUGCAAUCAAGGAACUCGUACUGUCGUAUGCGCUCGUUCAUCCCAACGUACGCUUCCAUGUCUCCAUCAAGUCUGGCAAACGAGGAGAAACGCCGAUAGUCGUCGUACAUGCACCUGCCACAUCGCUCGAGGCUGCUCUGAGUCGGUCCUUUGGCGCAACGACCAUGUCUGCCUGCCUCAUUAAACAUGCACGGCUCCCUCUCAUGGAUGUCACGCUCGUCAUGCCAAGACGCGAUGCACCGGCAGCUGCAGUGGCGAAUAAAGGUCAUUUCAUUUAUAUCGACCACAGACCACUGACCACAAUCCGCGGAUUACCAAAGCAGUUGCUCUCUCUGCUAAAUACCUAUGCUACGAAAGCAACAAGUGCCAGUAAGCCAUUGAUUCUCCUCAGCUUGACAAAUCUCACAGGUGAGUAUGACGUGAAUGUCGAGCCAAGCAAGAAUAUGGUGUAUGCCGCCAAUGCGGAUGCGAUCCUCACUGCGCUCACAGAAUUGCUCGAUUCUGUCUAUGCUGAUACGAAUGACGACCAGGCUUCUACAUGUCAGCCAUCGUCUACAGAUCUCCAGCCAUCUUCAUCGAUGCCACCACCACGUUCACAGCGUCGUUCAAGUUGGUUGACGAGCAUGGAUGAUGUACCAUCAGACUCUGAUGAUCAAGAAGAACUGCAAACGCAAGAAGCUGAUGGCGAGGAGCAAGGAGCAAAUCAACAGGAAGAUUACGUGCCUGACCGGCCGGCUCUGACCAGUCCAUGGACGAUCGCUGCGUUGUCUGCGAAAUCUACAUCAUCAAACCCUCAAGCUCAGCGAACACAGUCCUCACAGACUCCAGCGACCCGAUCAAUCAGCCCGACAGCUCCUCAUCUGCAACCCCCUGCCAAACGUCAGCGUACGACAGAGCCCAGAACCACGAUCGAGAGACCGACCAACACCAAGCAAAAGAAGCAGACGAAUGAUCUCUACACAUACUGGCGCCCACAACCCACUCAAUCACUGAUUCACGAUGAUGCAGACUUAGCGGAUCGUAGGGGUCAAGUGAGCGCUUCCUCACCGGUUCGAGCGUCUCGCACAGUCUAUCCACCCGCGUCUCCCAUCAUCAGCCCGGCAGCAGAGGCCAAUAGCAAGUCAAAUCCGUUUUCUGGAGCGUCACCUACAAGAGCUUCCCUUGUGCGCGCUUCAAGAGGCUCAGAAGAUCGCAUGCGAAAGCGAGUCAUGCUAGAGCGUUCAGAGCCAGAAGAUCAGUGUCAUGAUCGAGAACUCGUUCUAUCCACUACUGGCAUGCUAGUCACAAGGACGACUGUCAAGGAUAAUGGACUCAAUGAUGGUCUAUUUCUAGGGAUCGCAGCAAUGGGAGAUGCCGUGGACAACAUGACAGACCUGUCACCGCUUGCCAAGCUAGAUGGUGGAUUAUGUUUGCUCGUGGCGUCUAGCCAUGUCUCAACACUCGGACUCUUUGUCACGCCACUGUCAGAAGUCUCUUCAACAAUUCCAAAGCUGCAAGAGACUAGGUUUACAGAGCUGAAGCGGAUGGGUGAUGCUGAUAGAGUGGUGCGAGUUUGGUAGAUCUUUGUUUGCUUUGCUCUGUUUCGAGGUUGACAGGUGUCAAGUCGUUUCAAGACCUGGCAUGAAGCGUAUGGGCAGUGAUUCAAUUCCAUAUAGCAGACAUUACAUACUUGGCCAUGUAGCAUUUCUUCUACUUGA